AUGAGCGUGGCCCCAGGGGAACGGGUGGACUUCAAGGUGAGGACCGAGUCGAGGCGCUAUCGGUACGACGUCUACCGCCUGGGCUACUACGCGGGCGCCGGUGCCCGCAGGGUCGCGUCCUUCCUGCCCUCCGCGCAGCUGCCGCAGGCGCAGCCCGACUGCAUGGUCGAGGAGGACACUCUGCUCGUCGACUGCGGGAACUGGGCAGUGAGCGGCUCGUGGGAUGUGCCACCAGAUGCCGUCUCGGGCGUGUACUUCGCGAGGCUGACGAGGGAAGACCCCCCCCCGAACUGGCGGAUGGACGCGAGCGAGAUCGGCCCGAACCCGAAGUUUGCAAACAGGAACUGGGACUACUCGCAGAUGCCGCCGUGCGGCACGACGCCGCAGGCGGGGUGCACAGGCAUGGAGCACUCCUAUGGGGCCCAGCGGCUCGCAGCCGGGCCGAAGGCCGCGAUGGAAAUCGCCCUCAGCGAGCCCUGCGCGUCUCACGUGUACUUCGUGGUCCGCGACGACGCCCGGCGUGCAGACAUCCUGCUGCAGACUAUGGACACCACCUGGCACGCGUACAACACCUACGGCGCUCCCUCCACGUACGGCGUCCUGCCCCUCGAGCGGCACAACUUCUCGCUCCCGCCUGGCGCGCAGUCCCGCAGGUCCUACAAGCGCUCGUACAACACGCCCGUCAUCACCCGCGACAUCCGGGCCGUCAACACGGUGUUCCACGCAGAGUUUCCGGCCAUCCGCUGGUUGGAGUCGAACGGCUACGACGUGUCGUAUUGGAGCGGUGUGGACGCACACAUUCGAAGAAGGAUGGUGGUGGAAAAUAUGUCCAUCGUACAUCUCCGUGGGCCACGACGAGUACUGGUCUGGCGAGCAGCGCGCCGCCGUGGAGGCCGCCCGCGACCAGGGCGUGCACCUCUGCUUCUGGAGCGGCAACGAGAUGUACUGGAAGGUCCGGUGGGAGGCGUCGCUGAUCGGGGAGCCGACGCGCACGAUUCGGCGUGUAAGGAGUCCCAGGAGUCUUCCAAGAUCGACCCGCAGCCAGACGUAUGGACCGGUACGUUUCGCGACGGGAGGGACAUCAACCCCGAGGGUGCCAAGCCACGGCGAACGCCGUGA